UGUGCCAUGGUGUGCCCUAAGAGGCCAUGUCCUGCCAGGCUGAGCCACACUGCAUGGAUCCAGGCUGGGCUGUGCUGAGCUGUGCCCAGGCUGGGCUUUGCUGUGCCAUGCAGCACUGUGCCAGGCCAGCCCAGGCUGUGCUGAGCCAUGCCAGGCUGAUCCAUGCCAGGCUGUGCCAUGCCAGGCAGUGUCAAGCUAAGCAGAGCUGUGCCAAGCCGAGCUGGGCUGGCGUAGGUUGUUCUGUGCCAUGCCAGGCUGUGCCAAGCCAUAGUUGGCUGGCCUGAGUUGUGCUAUAGCAUGCCAAGCCAGGCUGGGCUGGGCUGGGCCAUCUUGGGCUGUGCCGUGCUGGGCUAUGCCUGGUUAGGCUGUGCAGUGUGAUGCCAGGCUGUGCUGUGCUGUGCCGUGCCAUGCUGGGCUGUGCCGUGCUGUGCCGAGCUAUGCCAUGUUGUGCUGUGCCAGGCUGGGCUGUACUCUGCCAAGCUGUGCCAGGCCGUGCCGGGCCAUGCCAAGCUAUGCCAUGCUGUACUGUGCCGGGCUGUGCUGUGCCAGGCAGCGCCAGCCCAUGCCAUGCCGGUCCGUGCCGGGCCAUGCCGCUCACUCCGCGCCGCUCCGCCCGGUGCCCGUCGGGGCGGUCUCUCGGCAGCGCCGCCCCCCGCGUCAUUCCCGGGCCGGGCGGGGCGAGGCUGCGGGCGGGGCGGCACUGCGGGCGCGCCGGGAGGCUCCGGGCCGGGCCGAGCCGAGCCGGGACAGGGACCGAGGCGGGACCGGGCUGAACCGCGCCGGGACAAGGACUGAGCUGAGCCGGGGCGGGACAGAGCAAAACCGAGCCGGUACCGAGCUGAACCGAGCCGGUACCGAGCUGAACCGGGACAGUGCCGGGCCGAGCCGAGCCGGUACCGUGCAGAACCGGGCCAUUACCGAGCUGAACCGAGCCGGCACGGGGCUGACCCGGGCUAGUACCGGGCCGAGCCGGGCCGGUACGGGGCUGAACAGAGCCAGUACGGGGCUCACUCGGGCCGGUACCGAGCUGAACCGAGCCGGCACGGGGCCGAACCGGGCCAGUACCGGGCGGACCCGAGCCGGCACGGGGCUGAACCGGACCAAUACCGAGCUGAACCGAGCCGGUACGGGGCCGAACCGAGCCGGUACGGGGCCGAGCCGGGGCAAUAGCGGGCCGAGCCGGGCCGGUACCGGGCAGCCCGCGGCCGGCGCGGGUCAGAGCCGGCGCGGGGCCGAGGCGCGGGGCCGGGGGUGCCGGGGCGGCCGUGUGCCCGGGGCGGCGCUGUCGCUGCGGGGCGGCGCGGGGGGCACGGCGGGCAGCACGGCCAGCAGCGGCUACUGCAGCCAGGAGGACUCCGACUCCGAGCCCGAGCUCUUCUACACCGCCCGCACCUCCCUCGGCCGCCGCCCGCGACGCAGGCAGGAUGAGCCCAGUGAGUGGGAGAAGACAGAGCUGGACCAGGAGCAGGUGGAGCAGCGGAUCAAGGAGUACAACAGCCAGAUCAACAGCAACCUCUUCAUGAGCAUGAACAAGGACGGCUCCUACACCGGGUUCAUCAAGGUGCAGCUGAAGCUGGUGCGCCCCGUCUCGGUGCCGGCCACCAAGCGGGCUCCCUCGCUGCGACCGGGACCGCGCGCCCAAGGCGUGAAGCGCCGCACGUCCUUCUACCUGCCCAAGGGCACCGUCAAGCACCUGCACAUCCUCUCGCACACCCGCGUCAGCGAGGUCAUCGACGCCCUCCUCCGCAAGUUCACCGUCGUCGACAACCCCCGCAAGUUCGCCCUCUUCGAGAGAUCCGAGAAGGAUGAGCAAGUGUACCUGCGGAAGCUGGGUGACGAUGAGCAGCCUCUGCGGCUGCGGCUGUUGGCCGGCCCCAGCGAGAAGGUCCUCAGCUUUGUCCUGAAGGAGAACGAGACCGGGGAGGUGAAUUGGGAUGCCUUCACCUUGCCGGAGCUGCACAACUUCUUGCGCAUCCUGCAGCGGGAGGAGGAGGAGCACGUGCGCCAACUGCGCCAUCGCUACGCCCGCUGCCGCCAGAAGAUGCAGGAGGCGUUGGCCACGCUCACGCCGGGAUGACCGCGUCACCCACGUCUGUGGCCAGCCAGCACGUCAGGACCCUCGCCCGCCAGCGCGUGGGGGAACCGGGGAGGGGGGUGGAGAGGGGCACCCCAGCACCCACUGGGUCGUCGCGGCCCACGUGGGGCUGGCCCGGGGACUGGGGGUCCCCGCGAGGAGUGAGUGUCUCCAGGGAGUGUGGGUGUCCCCAAGGGGAGCGAGUGUCCUCGGGGCAAGUGGGUGUCCCUUUGGGGAAGAUGGUGUCCUGAGGGGGGAGAGAGUGUCACCCGAAAGUGUGGGUGUCCCCAGUGGGAGCGAGUGUCUCCAGAGAGUGUGGGUGUCCCCAAGGGGAGCGAGUGUCCCUAGGGUGAGUGGGUGUCCCUGGGAGUAAGCCGGUGUCCCUAGGGGAGAGUGUCACCCGGAGAUGUGAGUGUCCCCAGGGGGAGCGAGUGUCCCUGGGGAGAACGAGUGUCCCCAAGGGGUGUGGAUGUCCCUGAGAGGGAGCAGGUGUCCCUAGGAGGUGUGGGUGUCGCUGGGGGAGUGGUUGUCCCUGGAGGAGCGAGUGUCCUCAGUGUGUGUGGAUAUCCCUGGGGGGAACGAUAGGGUGAGUGUCCCCAGGGGGGUGGGUGUCCCUGGGAGGCUGAGUGUCCCCGGGGGGGAAGGAGGGCGUUGAGCACCAAUAAAGGCAUCUGGGUGACGAGGCCU